AUGUUCGAGCUGGAUUGUCACUCCAGGAUAUUCUCGAUGGCCUCCUCGGCUCACAGCGACCUGCCAGCGUUGGUCAGCUCUGAUUUUGGUCAGGCCUUUCCCAGCCUGAGCCGUGAGCGGCUGCAUCUGGCGCUGGGCACAAUGCGAAUUCCCGAACAAUUGAAGCUCUUUGUGGUUGCGCUCUACACUGACGUGCUGUGCUACGGCGCCUUCAUGUCUGCCACCGUGUCUCUCUUCCUCCAGGGAUGCGGCAUCAUCCAAGGAUGCCCGGCCCCGGGCACGCUGUUCGCCCUCGCGACGGACGGUUUCUACCAGGACAUGGAGCUCUCGCUCGCGACUGCUCUUCGUCGUCUGGCGCCCACGAAGAUCCGCGCCCGCAUCUUCAGCGUGGCGGGGCGCAUCGCUGCGCUCAAGCUGAAGGCGAACAAGUUCAAGAUCGCGCCGCUGGCCGCGGCCAUCUCGAUGGAGCUGGCGAGUAGGAACGGGGCGCAGGAGGUCGACGAGGCGCGGGGUCGAGGCAUGACCUAUCAUUUGGAAUCGCUGGAUAGGCUGAAUGACGUGGCCAACGAUGACGCGUUGCGCACCAAAAAACUGCAGACAGAUUUGAUAGUGUUGAUGGUCAUGGACCGCCAUUUGGAAGACUUCUGCGGCAAAGUCGCGGACAUCGGCAAGACCGACGAUGAGUACAGUGUAUAUUGGUCGGCGGCCCAUGGUUCCUUUGUCUACGAGGCGAAGGCGCUGUGCUUCUUGCUGUUUGGCACCCCGUGGCACGGGCGGAUGGCCGCCGCGCAGGCGGACGGCCCCGCCGGGCCGGACGAGGCGCUCCUGGACAUGCGGCGGAAGCUCUUCCGGGCCUUCGGCGAGCUCGUGGAGGCGUACAUGAGCCAUCAGCACCUCGGCUCGCGCGGCUCGGCCGCCUCGCUGGCCGCGCCGGCGCGGGCGGCGUCGGAGCUGGCCCGCAUCGCCGGCAUCGCCGAGCUGGCCGAGACGGCCGGCAUGGCCAGCGCAGCCGAGGAGGUGGAGGCGCGAGUGAUCGGGCGACAGCUGGGCACUUGGGAGGUCGAGCUGGAAGCUCUCCGGAGCGGCGGCGGGCCGCCCGCCGCCGCCGCGGCGCGCAGCCCCAGCGCGGAGGCGCCGGCGGCGCAGCUUUUACGCAAGGCGCAGCUUGGCGGCGCUGCGAUGUUCGACGCGCUGGCAGCGGCGAGGCAGUGGCAACCUCCGCAGCGAGAGCCAGCCGUAGAAGCGCCAGUGGCUCAGAGGCCUGCCCCAGGGCCGCAGCACCUGGGCUCAGCGAGGCCGCAGGCCGCCACUGCGAGACCGCAGGCCUCGCAGAGGGUGGCGGCCGCACCCUCGGCGGCAGAGGCGCCGAGCGGCUGCCACCUGCGCAGCGCCCUGCCCAUCCAUCUCGGGCCGCCGUUCCUGUCGCUGUGCACCGCAGCUCCGCCGGCCAGCGGCCGGCCCGUGGCGCAGCCGGAGCCCGCCGCGCAGGCGCCCUGCAGCGGCGCGCCACUGGCGCAGGCGCCCGCGGGGCCCCCGAUCGCCAAGAGGGCCCUGCGCCGGGAAGCCUCCGCGCCGCUGCUCGCCUACAGCGCGCCCGCCGCCGCCCCCCUGCAGGGCUGCGCCGCGGCGCGCGGCCGACCGCCGACGGCCUCGCCGCCGGCAGCCGCCCGCCCCGACGCCCUCGCGGCGGCCCCGGGCCGAUCGCCGCCGCCGGCGGGCCGCCGCGGCAGGCCGUCGGUGCAGGUGAUGACGCCGGUGGUGUGCCGCUUGGCGGACUGCGAGAGGGGGGGCCCGGGCGGGCCGCCGAGGGGCUCUGCCGCCGCCCCGCCCGGGGGGGAGGCCGGGCGGGAGGGGCGUCGCACCUCCAGCCAGCCCGCGCCGCUCCAGCGUGGUUACACGGCCUUAACUGCCCAGUGUUGGCACGUCCCCGAGGCGGCCUUCGGGGCCCUGCGCUCGGAUUUCGGUACGGACUCGGGUGCAGAGUCUGACGAGCUGGCCAAGCUGGCCGUGCAGUCUUGGGCGGCGGAGGCGAACGACGCAGUGGCCUCCCUCGGAGGUUUCGAGCACACUGCAGGGUCUUCACUCGGUGCUUUCAAGAGUGGUGACGUUCAAGUCGAGUGGGCCUCGGAGCCGUCUCGGGGAGUCCCUAUCGACAACGUGUUCGCCAGGGAUUUAUACGGAGACACCGAGGCUGUCGAUGAUUGCCCCGCGGUGUCGCCGCACGCGUCUAUGACUGGGCGAUCUCCGAGCCAGCUCACCAACAUCUCUGGAGUGAGAUCGAUGGCGGAGAGUUACGUGACGGACGUCUUCAGAGUCAAAUCGAUGGCGGAGAGUUGCGUGACGGACAUCGUCAUAGCGGUCGCCGACGGGAUGCAGUCCUUGCCCGCCAAGAUCCAGCAGAAGAUGAGAGCACAUUGGCGUCUUCUGACCGCGUGCCUGUUCAUGGUCAGUCUAGGAGUUGUCAUGGGAAUGGUAUUUGAAGACUGGGAGUUCCUCACGUCGCUGUAUGUCAUUGUGCAAAUUGUCACCACGAUUGGCUACGGCGAUGUAACUGUGCAGACCGAUUGGAUGAAGCUUUUCAUGGCGUUCUACGUCCUGGCUGCCCUCCUCGUGGUUGCCAACUUCUUCAACCUGAUUAUGGACGUCGUCAUCGAGAGCAACGUCCAAACCAUUCGAUCCCGCUUGCGCAAGGUGGAAAUAGGUGCCCUCGCCAGCAUCCACAAUGAUGAGGAGGCCAAGGAGGCGUGGGGCACGACAAAUCGGGCGGUGUCCGCUGCUGUGCUGCUGGUUUUCGCCAUCUCCACGGGCACGCUGUUCUUCCGAUUUGCCGAGAGCUGUACCUGCUCGUACGGCAAUACCCAAGAGGAUUUUGACCUACAGCAGUGCGACGAAAGCAGCUACGACACUUGCGUUGCCACUGAAGGCCUGCAGAUGUCGUGGGCGAGUGCCUUCUACAUGUCGGUCAUCACAGUCACCACUGUGGGUUUCGGGGACCACUCCCCGAAGUCUAGGAUCGGCCGUAUCGUAGGCAUCAUAUGGAUGUUGUUGGGUGUCGCGGUCACUGCAUAUUGUAGUGGCCUUGUCCGACGCCUUGGCGCAGGAGGACGAGAAGAUCGAGUUCGAGGGCGCGCAGAACAUCAACGAGGAGGUCUUCCACCAGAUGGACAAGGACGGAAACGGCUACCUUUCGAAGGACGAGUACGCGCUCUACGUGUUGGUGAAGCACAGCCUUGUGUCCAAGGACAUCCUCGGCGACAUCUACGCCAAGUACGACGCCAUGGACACCGACGGACAGGGCCAGCUGACCUACCAGAUGCUGCGCAAGGGCGCGCCGGCGGCCCGGAGGCGCAGGCGGCCUGCGGCGGUGGCGGCGGCCGAGCAUGCGGCCGAGCCGCCGCUCGCGGGCGCCUCGCCGAAGUCGCCGCUCGCGGGCGCCUCGCCGAAGUCGCAGCGCGCGGGCUCCUCGCCGAAGUCGCCGCGGAAGCUGGGCCCUUGGACACAGCCAGGGUCCUCACGCGGCGAUGCUUACCAAAGACCGUGUGACAGGUCCCGAACUGCACGGGUAAUGCACCUGGUGGCGCACGCCCGAAGAGGCAGACGGAGAAAGCAGCUUCGCCGAGGGGCAGAAUGAGUCUGGGGCUGGUAGCCCUGACAGCCGGGCGGCGGACGGGCGUAGUCGGUCGUCGGACGCUGGUCUGCCGGUCGGCGUGGGGACGUCGAAGGGCUUCUCGCCGCUAGGGGAUAGCUGUCAAGCUGGACGUGCGCAGGUGAGCAGUGCUGCCAUUGGUCAGCUGCACCACCCAGUCCUGAUUAUGUUUGCCCGGGUUGCGGCAGGGGCAGCGGCUGCAACAUAUGGGCUGGGUGGCCCCCGCGGUCGGGGCGCCUGGAAGUCGGCGGACGCUCAGAGGGCGGGCCGCAGAGGGCUGCGCCUUGGGCAGCAGCACGGGGACUGGCUGCAGCGUCGGCCCGGUGGCCACACCGAGCGGUGCCAGGGGCGCCGCAGCGAGCGACGGCGGAACGCCGGGCUGCAGCGUGGGCCUGGUGUGCCCCCUCGGCUGCUGCGGCGGGCCACGGCGGACCGCGCCUUGGGCGGCGUCACGGGGACCCGUCGGGGUUUGGGCCGGGCGGCUCCCCGGAGCGGUGCCAGUGGCGGUCGGCGGCCCCUCCGGCGGGAGGGUCGCAAUGAACUGCGGCGGGAGGGC